GAAGAGAGAGAGUGUCUGUAUAAUGAAAAGGGCGUGAAGAUACAAGAAGUCAGAGAGGUGUGAAGGUGGGAUAAACCCUUUAGCUGUAUCCGCCUGUGUAACGAUGUAACCGGGAAAGUGGCCCGGGUGGGGGUGGAACGGGGGCACAGAGAAGAAAGAAAAAAAGGAUAUAGAGUGAAGAACAGAGAAGAGCGGGGGAGAGAGAUGAUCAGGAAGUGGGGGGAGGGGGAUGAGGAUGAGGAUGAAGGACAAGAGAUGAUGGAGGAGCUGAUCCAGUCGACUGGCAAAAGAAGACCACAAUUGCUCGCAACUAAGGCCAAGGCUAAGGCUAAGGCUAAGGCACGAGGGGAGAGACAGAGACAGAGACAGAGACAGAGACAGAGAGGGGGGAUUAUGAAUCGAAUCAAAUUGAACUAUAACCACACAGCUCAGUCUGUCCACCUCGUGUGGGUGAGGAGCUCAGCAUGAACUCUGAUAUAUUUGCAUGCCAAUGGGAGUGGAGACCCGAGGUGGGGGGGCAGCACAUCCACAUCAUAUUCAUAUUCAUAUUCAUAUUCAUAUUCAUAUUCAUUUUCAUAUUCAUACUCAUGUUCAUGUUCAUAUUCAUACUCAUGUUCAUGUUCAUACCCGUGUUCAUGUUCAUGUCCACGUCCAUGCUCACGGCCAUGCUCACGGUCAUGGUCAUGGUCAUGCUAUCCAUAUCCACACACCAUGCUAGACUAACACACUUCUCUCGAAUUUAUUUUUUCCCUGCUCGCGCUAACAGCUGCACUCUCGGGCCAAAUUUACAUGUCAGACAUUUUCUAUUACAUGCACACUAUCGAACCGAUCAUCGUCCUCAUCUCCCCCAAUUGCAUCCAAGAGAAGGGGAAGAAGGGGAAGAGCUUGUACCCCACAACUGCUUUCUGUGGUUCCACAGACGGUCCCUGUCCGAUCAACCAAAUGAAUGUCUAUCAACUAUGUAUCCACUGAAGGUUAAUGCAUGGAACCCAACAAGAGCCUCCAUCUCCUCAAGUUAUUACAUACUUUUUCAUCGCCCGCCACUCGUAAAACAACUAGCGCGAGAAAGUAAGCAAAUAGCCGGGGCUUGGUGACACAAGAGGCUGUCAGCAUUCACCCCCCGACGCGACAUCCUUCAUUUCCUUUGAAGCAUAGGCAACAGC